AUAAUGGCAGGAACAAAUUUUACUACUGUGUUGGAAUUUAUUCUGCUUGGCUUCUCUGAACUUCCCAAUUCCCAAGGUUUUUUGUUUGGUAUUUUCCUAAUCGUCUACAUAAGUAUCCUGACAGGAAAUGGAAUCAUAAUUUUAUUAACUAAAGUUUCUCGAGCUCUCCACACUCCCAUGUAUUUUUUCCUUGGGAACUUUUCUUUUUUGGAGAUCUGUUACACAUCGGUCACUCUCCCCAAUAUGUUGACCAGUCUUUGGACCCAUGACAGAAAUAUUUCAUUUUUGGCCUGUGCUACUCAACUCUGCUUCCUCCUUAUUCUUGGAGGCACCGAGUGCUUACUCCUGGCUGUGAUGGCCUAUGACCGUUAUGUGGCCAUUUGUAAACCACUCUACUACCCUCUCAUUAUGAAACAUAAAGUUUGUGUCCAGCUUGUGGUUGGUUCCUGGACCACUGGAAUUCCAGUCAUGAUUGGGCAGACAUAUCAGGUUUUCUCUCUGCCUUUCUGUGGUUCUAAUAAACUUGAUCAUAUUUUCUGUGACAUCCCCCCAUUACUAAAGUUGGCUUGUUCAGACACAUUUGUGAUAGAGCUCUCUGUCUAUGUUGUGGCGGUAUUGUUUGUCAUGAUUCCCUUUAUAUUGAUAAUCAAGUCUUAUGUCAAAAUCAUCACUACCAUCUUGAAGCUGCCAUCAAACACAGGAAAAUAUAAAGCUUUCUCAACUUGCACUUCCCACCUUAUAGUUGUCAUUUUAUUUUUUGGUUCUGCAACCAUUACAUAUUCAAGACCCAGGUCAAACAAUGCAGGAAUAACUGAAAAAAUACUUUCCCUCUUCUACACCAUAGUAACCCCAAUGUUUAAUCCCAUGAUAUACAGCCUGAGAAAUAAAGAUGUCAUUGAAGCAAUGAAACAACUAUUACCCAAGUGA